CUUGAGAGAUCCUCUGGGAACUCGCUGGGGACAGGGAAGGAGGGAUCAAGGCUGGCACCGUUCCUGUUCCUGGGAACCAGUCUAGGCUUGUGCUUCUCAAAGAGUGAACUGAGGACCCUGCAACAGAGUACAAAGUCCAGAGCCCACCCAGCUCUGUCUGGGUGUUGCGAGCAGUCUUGGAGCAUGGCAAGUUCGGAGCAUCCCGGGAGCCCUGGCUGUACAGGACCCCUACACCAAUGCAUAAUAAGGACCAGGAAAGAAGCAGUGCCCUCAGGCCCAGACCGUCCAUGUCCACAACUAGAAGAACGCUUAGAAGCCCAAGAUGGCCCCACCUCCAACUCCAGCAUGACCACGAGGGAGCUACAGGAACACUGGCAGAAGGAGAAGAGCCGCUGGAAGCACGUCAGGCUGCUCUUUGAGAUCGCCUCAGCCCGCAUCGAGGAGAGAGGUGUCUCCAAGUUUGUGAUGUAUCAGGUCAUGGUGGUCCAGACCGGGAGCUUCGACAGCGACAAGGCGGUGGUGGAGCGGCGCUACUCGGACUUCGAGAGGCUGCGGAAGGCCCUGCUGAAGCGCUUCGGGCCGGAGCUGGAGGACGUGGCCUUCCCGCGGAAGCGCCUGACCGGGAACCUGUCGGCCGAGGCCAUCUGCGAGCGCCGCCUGGAGCUCCGCGAGUACCUGCGACUGCUCUACGCCGUGCGCGCCGUGCGCCGCUCGCGCGAGUUCGUCGACUUCCUCACGCGGCCCGAGCUGCGCGAGGCCUUCGGCUGCCUGCGCGCCGGCCAGUACGCGCGCGCGCUCGAGCUGCUGGGCCGCGCGCUGCCGCUGCAUGAGAAGCUGACGGCGCACUGCCCGACGGCCGCCGUGCCCGCGCUCUGCGCCACGCUCGUGUGCCUGCGCGACCUGGAGCGGCCUGCCGAGGCCUUUGCGGUCGGCGAGCGCGCGCUGCAGCGCCUGCGGGCGCGCGAGAGCCACCGCUACUACGCGCCGCUGCUGGACGCCAUGGUGCGCCUGGCCUACGGGCUGGGCAAGGACUUCGCCUCGUUGCAGGGCAAGCUGGACGACAGCCAGCUGCGGAGGCCCACGCACAGGGGCUUCACCCUGAAGGAGCUCGCGGUGCGAGAGUAUCUGUCCUGAACCGGCCUGGCGGGUGCCCUGGCAUCCAUCGCCGUACUAGCUACCUGUUGCUGGCCGGCUGCUUGGUGUCCAUCUUUAAGGGGAGGAGCCGUCGCUCGUGGACUUUGCUGGGCGGCUUUGAAACUUUAAAAGCCCCCUUUUUACUGUGGUGUCCGCUGAGCAGAGGGGCUCCUGGGACCCCCGGAAGAGCCAUCUUGAGUGCCAGGAAGUCCCUUGAGUGCCAGGUUUUCCAAAACCUAAGUUCACAAGUUCAGCUGUCAAAACUUUGCAAGUACUAUAGGCCUUACCACGUAGGGAUGGGAAGGACUUGCCUACCACACAGAAUGCGUUCAAGGCCGGCCAGCCUAGGCGAUUGGUGAGACUGUCUCCAAAUAAAAAAAUCCGAGGAUGUAGCUUGAUGGCAUAGUGCUUGCAUAGUAUGUGAGACUCUUGGUUCAAUCCCCAAUACUUAAAGAGAGAGAGAGAGAAAGGAAGGAAGAAAGAGGACCUGUUUUUUUAGGCAGCCAGGGGAAAAUUUGCAAAACACACUUCCUCAGACUGCUCCCUCCUGCCGCUCCAGAUCGUCCCUUUGCUCCUGUCACCCCAGCAUCAGUUGCAAAUGAUUCCACACAUCAGACCAAGGUCCUAGCUCCCCCUCAGCAAAACGGGCCCAUCUAUUGCUCCUCAAGGGAAGCCUCUCCUCCAAUCCACCCCCUUCCCCCAGCGUGGAGAUGAUGUGAUCCUUUGAAGUUACAAGGAUGUUGGGGAGUCAGGUGUGGGAGUUCAAGUAGGGAGCUGAGGCAGGAGAAUCACAAAGUUAAGACCAGCCUAGGCUAACAAAGUGAGAUCCUGUCUCAAAAAGUAAAAGGAAAGGAAGGCAGGCAGGAAGGGAGGGAGGGAGAGAGAGAGGGAGGGAGAAAUAAAAUAUUGGAGGUGUUAGUAAACGAUCUUGCCAGUACGAUGGUGGACUUUCACCCUUAAGGCAGCUCUGCCUUCAACAGCUUCCCUGGGCCUUGUACACCUAGAGGGAAGGAGUGGAACGAGAGAAGAGAUGGGUUUGGGGAAGUAACAGUCCUAAACAGCUCCCCUUUAAGAGUCAGUGCUCCUGGAACCUGAUAGAUGGGGGAGCUCUUGAUAAAACCUACUGUCAGGAAAAGAUGACCUUGAACUUCACUGUGAAGAGGGUCUGGACUAAGGGUCUGAGAUGAUGGUACGGUCUGGCGUGGAAACCUGAGCAGCAGGCUGCACGCACCGAGCAGGAGACCGCAGCACCCCUAGGCCUGGAAUGUGGGGUAGGAAGAGUUAGGUUUCCCAAGGCGGACAGGAGACCACUACACUGCAUCCAAAUAUCAUGUUCAACAGUGGCCGCUUGUGGCAGCUGCCAUGAUGGUCCUGUGAAGGUCUUUAGAGGUGCCUUCCUUCAAGCAGCUUUUCCAGGAAGACACUUCAAGUGGGAAAUACUAGGCUUCUGGAAAAGCUGGGUUUAUGGAAAAUUAAAGAAUCCAGUGGCAAAA